UGCAGACUGUAGUGUCCCGAAGUUACAUCUGUCUGGCACAGGGAUGUCCCUGAGCUCAAGAGCUUACGCUUUUUCCGUGGAGGCAUUAGUGGGUUCCUCUACUAAGAGAGCGCUGGAGGAACAUGGAGGGGAGAGCCAGCAUGGGGCCCCAGAUACAGCGGAGGGGGCCACACUUUGCCAGAUGGCCCCCAGGGAUGAGGAGCCUGCAGAGAAGCGUCCCAAAUCCUCUGCGCCACUUUCUCCGGACACCGCACCUCACAGCGCAAUAAGGGUGGAGCUGCAGGGCUGCGAACUGUGGCGGAGAUUUCACGAGAUAGGAACCGAGAUGAUCAUCACCAAGGCCGGGAGGAGAAUGUUCCCCUCUGUACGAAUCAAAGUGAAGGGUCUGGAACCGGCCAAACAGUAUUAUAUCGCCAUGGACAUCAUCCCUGUGGACUCCAAGCGAUACAGGUAUGUCUAUCACAGCUCUCAGUGGAUGGUGGCCGGGAAUACGGACCACACCUGCAUCUCCCCCCGACUCUACCUCCACCCCGACUCCCCCUGCUCCGGGGAGACCUGGAUGCGGCAGAUCGUCAGCUUUGAUCGGGUCAAACUAACCAACAAUGAGAUGGAUGACAAAGGACAUAUUAUUCUGCAGUCCAUGCACAAGUACAAACCCCGGGUGCAUGUCAUUGUCCAAGACUCCAGGUUCGAGCUGUCCCAGAUCCAGUCAUUACCAGCGGAGGGCGUCAGAACAUUCUCAUUCAAAGAAACAGAAUUCACUACAGUGACGGCGUACCAGAACCAGCAGAUCACUAAACUGAAGAUAGACAGAAAUCCUUUUGCAAAGGGCUUCAGGGACCCUGGCCGGAACAGAGGUGUCCUGGAUGGACUUCUGGAGACCUACCCCUGGAGACCGUCGCUUGCCUUAGAGUUCAAAGCGUUUGGGGGCGAGACACCUGGUGGCAGCUCAGGUUCCUCCCCCAUCACCUCCAGUGGCGGGGCGCCAUCUCCUCUGCUCUCUCCAUCCUGCUCCCCUCCCACGUUCCACCUGCCCCCCUGUAACCUCGGCAUCCCGUGCCCGGAGAACUACCUGCCGUUCUGCUACAAGAUCUGCCCCAGCGGCGUCCUGAGACAGCGCUCCUUCUUGUUACCAAGUCCGGAUAAACAGGGGGGUCCUGGCGCCCACCCGCUCCCUCCGCUAAUGCUGGAUGUUCCCCUCUUGUCUUCAUUUGGCAUCUCCAAAAGCAGCAAACUGGAAACCUUCAAGGGGCACUGCUUCCCGUCUCCUGCCAGUCACAUGUUCUACAGGCUGCCCACAUCCGGGAACAUUGCCCGGGAAACCCUUAACUGCUCCUUACAUCCUCCCUACGGCUUCUACGGCUACAACCUCUCUGUGCCGUCGCACCUGAUCACCGCAGCAAACCAUCUAAAGAUGACGGACAGUUUUCCCAGCUCGUUUAGAGACGUACGUCCCAGUAUCCCCCACUGGCCGCCAUCCGUCAACCACUGCCUAUAGUGGGACAUUGGGAACAUUGUGACAAUGCAGAGAUAAUCGGUGACGCGUCUAUACCCGCCUCCUCUCGCUGGCUCUGUGCCGCUAUGUCAUACAGAAGACGAAUCAUACCAUGGAUGACCCGGUGACUGUAAUAGCCACAGGCGGCUUCUGGAGGCGACAAUAAUACUUAGAACAUGUUAUAAUGUAAUGGCUAAACUAUGCGCCAAGAAGACGUGCGCUUCCGGUAUAGACGUCAGGUAUUCCCUGAGCGCAGAAUAUGCGUCUGCAGCUACGGCUAUCUUUAUGUGCUUAUAACCCGUCCUUGUUUGAUUACCAUAAACCAACCGCCGGCAACAUGCCUGAGAAUUAUCAUUAUUAUUGUUAUAUACAAAUCAUGAACAUCUGAUAAUUGUCCACGUGGCGAUAUAGAUAUAUACUGUAUAUAUAUAUAUAUAUAUAUAUAUAUAUAUAUACACACACACAUUAUGUCAGCAGCAAUUAAUAAGAAAGAAAAGCUAAAACAAAUAUUUUGCACAAGUGGAAAUGGCGACUUUACGCUUCUUGUUUUGCUAAUCAGAUGAACGUUGAAUAAAAGUGCUAUAUACUGUG